GACGUUGUCAGGUCCUGCCUGCCAUACUUCGUUUCAUUUCUCAACUUAAACCAGAAAGAAACUCAGAGAUUCACUGUCAAUAGUAUUAUAUUACUCACUUCAAUUAUACAGGGAGAAACCUAUACACUAAUAAAGAGAUACAGAGAGUUAGUAACAGAGAAGCCAUGGCCGCUUUCUUAUACAUUACAUUGAUAACGAUAUUAAUCUCUUCUUCAACAGUUAAAAGCUGCCCGCCGUCAGACCGGGCCGCCUUGCUUGCUUUUAGAGCCGCUCUCCAUGAACCUUACCUUGGAAUCUUCAAUUCUUGGACCGGAAUUGACUGCUGUCAUAAAUGGUACGGCGUUAGUUGCGACCCGGAGACCCACAGGGUCGCCGAUAUAAAUCUCAGAGGUGAAUCCGAAGACCCCAUUUUUGAAAAAGCUGGCCGGUCCGGUUACAUGACAGGUACAAUCUCGCCUUCCAUCUGUAAGCUAGAGCGACUCUCGAGUCUCACAAUCGCUGAUUGGAAAGGGAUCUCCGGAGAGAUUCCGCGGUGCAUCACUUCGCUUCCGUUUCUAAGGAUUGUUGAUUUGAUCGGGAACCGGAUCUCCGGCGACCUACCUGCAGAUAUAGGACGGUUACACAGAUUAACCGUGCUGAACGUUGCCGAUAAUCUUAUUUCCGGUGAGAUCCCCCGUUCUUUGACGAAUCUGUCGAGCCUGAUGCACCUGGAUUUGCGUAAUAACAGAAUCUCAGGACCACUUCCCCAAGAUUUUGGGCGUCUCCGAAUGUUAAGCCGCGCUUUGCUCAGUCAGAAUUUCAUUAGCGGAAGAAUUCCGAUUUCAGUUUCGAAAAUUUACCGUCUGGCCGAUUUGGAUCUUUCGGUAAAUAGACUCUCGGGUGCAAUACCUGAUUCUCUGGGUAGAAUGGCGGUUCUAGCUACACUAAAUUUAGAUUCUAACAAGCUUUCAGGGAAAAUACCGCCAAGUUUAUUCAAUUCAGGGAUUAGUAACUUGAAUUUGAGCAAGAACGCAUUUCAAGGAUAUUUGCCCGAUGUUUUCAGUGUGAGAUCUUAUUUUACAGUACUUGAUUUAUCGUAUAACAAUUUCCGGGGGCCGAUACCGAAAUCUUUAUCAGAAGCGUCGUAUAUCGGACACUUGGAUCUGAGUCACAACCAUCUCUGUGGAAGAAUCCCGGUAGGCUCUCCGUUUGAUCAUCUUGAAGCUUCGUCGUUUUCACAUAAUGAUUGUCUGUGCGGGAAGCCGCUUAGAGCUUGUUAGAUAUGGAAAUUUGGUAGUAUAAUACUAUGUUUGUUGUAAAAUGAGGGAGAAAGGUGUAUGGUUUUUAGGAUUUGAUUAUUUAUGUGUUUAGUUACUUUAUUAUUAUGGGAUUCAAAAGGUUUCAUGCACGUUAUUUUGCAUGUUUCGAAGCUUUUCAUAUAUCAAAAAGUUUAGUACA